GCCGGUCAUCUAAUCAAUGGUACCCACUUGAGUACUUGCGGCUUCGUUUUCAACGCACUAAGUUUCAAUAAUAAGUGAACGGUGCACGAGCGUUGUCAUGCCUAUGAAGUAUGUGUAAUAAUAACGUAACCAACCCCUGGGGACUUCAGGAAGUGAAGUCGGCGACGUGUCCGGCCUUCAGCUGUUGCCCGUGUGUCUUUAAGACCGGGAAAGUUGUUGAUAUUAGUGCCGUGUCUAAGCAGUCCACUCCUGUGGUGGCGGUUACUCUUCCCCCGGAAGCGCUAGUGAAGUCAGCUCUAGGUAGUCCAGUUCAUGACAUCGAUAGUCGAUUGUCUCCUAGAGAGAAUGGUAGAACUCACGCACCACAACCCCCGCCUUCCUCUGGUUCAGAAUCAUCAGGUUACUUCACUCCACCUCCAGAAACGGAACAGGCGUUUGUGAAGCUCGACACGGAGGAGCACGCCUCAGAAUCUGAGGAAAUAGCACCAGAAAACGACGAUAAUAACAACUCCCAAGACUGCACUGACUCCUUCAAUAACAAUUCACCAAAUAUAUUCCUUAGACAAGACACUGUUCAGAGAAACUUUUCACCAAGUUCCGUCGAAACCAGUGAUCUUAUCCCAUGCGAUAAAGAAUCCACAUUAGAAGUAGAUUUGAUAGAAAAGCAGGAUGCGGAACCCAAUAAUAACUCAGAGAGAGAAGAACGAAGAUUGCUUAGGUUUAGUUCGUCGAGUUUGAAGGAACCUUCCUUCACUGGAAAAAUACCCUCAACCACUGACAACCGGAGGAAGAGUAAAUCUGUGGUGGACUUACAAAGCUUUUUACCCGACAUCAGCGCAAACAGAAAGACUGUGAACUCGGCUCCUGCGCUGAACGAAGAUCUUAUGGGAAACAACAAUGUUGUGGUAACCAAUAUAGAAGUUUCACCUGCAUCACCAGUAAAAGCGAUGCUACCUGUCGCUGCAGAACCUACUGAACCAAUCCUGAAAUUGGAAUCUCCCAAAGAAGGGACCUCUACAAGGAAACUGACAAAGCGUUUCGCGAGAACGCUUAGUAGAAAAUCUGUUAAAGCCACCCCAAGAAGCGUGAGAGAUACUACACCUAUGAGCUCAAGACCUAGCAGCAAACCUAAAGAGGUCUUGCAACUGGCUUUAGCGCAGUUAAAUAAUAACGAAUGGGAAAUUACGAUACAAGGGCUUCAGUCUUUGGGAAAACUCGCAAGACAGCACCCUGACACUAUUGAAUCCCAGAUACAUAAUGUGUGUGUCUCUCUAGGGAGACAAAUAAAGAACCUGCGAUCGCAGGUGGCUAGGACUGCUUGUCACACAGCGUCCGAGAUAUUUAUGUCAUGUAAAAGAGGUUUGGAUAUUGAACUAGAGGAGAUCGCAGGUCCUCUCUUACAACGUACUGCCGACACCAACAAAUUUCUACGAGCGGACGCGAAUGCAGCCCUAGAUGUUAUGUGUGCUCACCUACCCACCAACCGCGUGGUGACCGUCGUCACAGGUCGAGGCUGCACCCACCAGAACUGCAUCGUGCGUUCAGCCUCCAUUCGCCUCAUUAACGACAUGGUGAAGCGUUUUGGUGCCGAUAAGGUGUUUCAGAUGCAGAAGGAGAUGAAGGACAAAAUUCUGCUUGCCGGUGCAAAUGCCUUGACGGAUGGUAGUCUGGAAGCGAGGAGUUACGGCAAGGUGAUGGUUUCACACUUAAUAGGUCAUCCUCAGUUUCACAGGUCGCUGUUGGACGCCGUGCCGCAAAGUACUCUAAGGCAUAUCGCGAAGACCCUGGGUACGAUAAAGCCCCAGUUGACGUAGUAUUGAGUAGAAAAAGUAAAUUAAUCAGUUGUUAAUUAUUGUAUAGAUGCAGUUUCAUUGCAAUGAAGUUAGCUCUAUAACUCUAUUGUUACAGUUGUAUUCUUAAGAAAAAUAACGUGCCUUCAUAAAUACCCGAGUUCCACGUGACCAGAUUUGUUUUGGCGCUCAGUAAAUUUGAUUUUCUUAAGUUGGUGUUUCAGAAAUUACACAGUUCUGCAAGGUUUUGCUCUAGAGCAGCUGAGGAACAUUGCCGAAGUAAUUUUUUGCGCAAAAUCCGAAGCCCACCUCAAAAUUGCUUCAUCAUGUCACGCUUCCGAGAUAUCCUAACCUAAAAGUGCGAGAAACGUCGUUUUUUGCUGCAUUUGAUCUUAUAUUACAUCGCGAAUUUUUUUUUUGUCUUAAAACGAGUCAUGUCAUCUAAAAGUAGAACGGAUUCGGAUUCUACGCAAAAAAUUACCUUCGGAAAUGACCCUCAGCUGCUCUAGAGCAAACACAACCACUUUUUUUGCAGACCCGUGUUAUCAAGCAGAAACUACCAACUAGGACCCUAUACAGCAGGAAAAUUAAAUUUCAUAACUUUUGGAGCCUCCGUUAUAAAUAAAUAGAAUUGUGCGAAAACUAUUGCA